GAGCGUAUGGAUUGCCCCCCACUGCAGUGCUACACUUCGUCGAGUUUAGAUUCCCAGCACCCAACAACCCAUCCUUACAACUUAGUAACAAAACACCGAAAUAAGAAGAAAAAUUACAACUGUCGCAAGUCAUAAAACGUAUCAAAAUUAAUAAAAACAACUACGACACAUUAAUUAAUUAUACUAUUAAAGUGUAUAACAAGUGCAAAGGGUGUUUAUUGUUUGUUAAUUUUGGGAACUAACACGGCAAUCGACGAGUACACGUAGCAGAAUUGAAAGUUUAAACGCAAUAACGUGACUGCGCCUUACAGUAAUACGAUUUGCAAACGCGCACAAAGAACGAAAAAAUGAAGGGAAUCAUCGCUUUAUUGGCGCUGUGUCUGCUCAGCCGCCAGACGGAGGCCUGGGGCGGGCUGUUUAACAGAUUCUCGCCGGAAAUGCUGGCGAAUAUGGGCUACGGUGCGCACGGCGGAGGCUUACCGCGUGGCGCAGACGAAGGUAUCCUCGAAGAAUUUGAGGUGGAGGAGGAUAGCGAAUCCUGCUAUGGUAGAAAAUGUUCAGCCAACGAGUACUGUUGCCCCGGGCAAAUUUGCAUCGACCUUGAUGGAAUAAUUGGUCAAUGCAUGUUCACUUAUGGAAGACGCGUGGGUGAACUUUGCCGACGUGACAGCGACUGUGAAUCAGGACUCGUCUGUGCCGAAGCUGAGCAAGGAAUCUCUACGCGUGUUUGCCGACCGCCGGUGCAGCAGGAUAAACAGUAUUCGGAGCCCUGCAGCAUGUCGAGUGAAUGCGACAUUGCGCGAGGACUUUGCUGUCAGUUGCAGCGCCGUCACCGACAGGCUCCAAGAAAGAUGUGCUCCUACUUCAAGGAUCCUUUGGUGUGCAUUGGUCCAGUUGCAUCGGACCAAAUCAAAAACUCCAUCCAGCACACUGCUGGCGAGAAGCGGCUCACCGGUCUAAACAAUUUCAAGCGCCCCAUGCAUUAAGAAGAUGGCGCCGAUGGACGCAAUACAUAUGACUUGCAAAAAGAAAACAGUAGCCUAAGAAUAAAGUCCCUUUAAAAUCAAAACCGAAGAACACACAUCUUUAGUUGAUGAGAGAAAAAUAUUAGACUAGCUUACUUUCUAAAAGUUUAGAGAAAAAGAUGCAAAAAAUAGUUAAAGAUACAAGUUGAGAUAUUUUUGUGAGUUUUAUGAUGCAUAGUAGGCAUAAAUCCUUUUUAAAUUGAUGAACUGAAAGUAACGAAUGGCAAACGAGGCGGGUGGAAAAUACGGAACGUAAAUGAAAACAUAACACAUAUCAUAAAUAUAACGAGCGAGUCAGGGUUGUGAUAAAUGUAUGCAUUAAAUCCGAGACGAAAGCAGAGGCAGAACAUAAAAACCAUAAAAAAAUAAUAUGCAUAUCAUGGAAUAGAUAAUGGAAUAGCUCUUAUUUAAAUGGAAUUUAUGCCCUGGUACAAGGCAAAAUAAUUAAUUUUAAAAUGCAAGAGCAAAAUUACGCAAAUGAGCCCUAUUACAACAUAACUAAGCAAAUGUUAAAAUGAUAAGAUACUGUAUAGAUACUAAGAUGAGGGCAGGUAGCUCUUGCAUUUCUAAAUUUAUUACUAUAAGUUUUCAUUCCAAUGGACAAAAACAAAAUCGUUUAUCUUCGGACUCCCGGUGUUUGCAACCAAAAACAAUGUGUACUGGUAACUAAUUAAAAGAUAAAUUAAUUGGUAACGAUAAAAACACAAGUAACACUAUUGAUUAAUUGGUUAAUAAGAUGAAAAACCACGGCUGAGGUAUUUCUAGUACAUACUUGUUAAUUUAUAAAAGGAAUCUAAUAUUAAUCGACUACUUAAUCAACCCACACACCUACUCAACUGGUUUUACGAUCCAGUUAAAGUGUAAUUGUCUAAAAAAUCUAAAGGUGUGAUAAAAUAACUCUGUCACAAUUAAUUAUCAAAUUAAUUACAACAAGAGGGAAAAUGACUCGCCUAAAAAUUAUUUGCAACAAAACAUAUCAUUGAAAAGAAAAUAUUAACAUGUUAUAUUUAAACAAGUGCUUCAUUUUUGACUUUCUAUAAUAACUGUGAUGUUAAACUGUUGUAAAAGAAAAUAAUUGAGAUAUAUUUAUGCAAUGUGUUAAGAGGACGAUGGCUGGACGCAUGUUGUUCCUUGACGAAUGGCCUACUACUACGAAUUUGGUGUGAAAAUGCAAAAAGAGUUUUUGAAAGAUGUCAGUGAACAAACUAAAAACUAAAAGAAGCAGAAAACAACAACAAACUGAUACAUAUCAUAUCAAGACAUUGUACUUAAAUGUAACGAAACAUAUCACUACUAUUAUAAAUAUACUAUUAAAUUAUACAAAAAUAUAUAAUAUAUACAUAUAUACAUAUUAUAUCUAACUAUUCAAGAAACCAAAAGCAAGUUAUUUAAAUAUAUCUACGAAUACAAUAUAAAUAAGAGUAUUAGAAGUGGAGGUUAUCAGAAAUAUAUAUUACCAGAAUGAAAGAUAAAGAAAAUAAAAAGAAACACUAUCAAAUGAUUUAUAUUGUAAUCGUACUACUGUAAUUAAUGUAAUAAUUACUUGAAAUUAAUAAAUGUCUUGAGCAACUUA